UUUCUGGUACUGGAUUCAUAUGGAGUGUUGCAUGUCUUCAGUCUUUCAACAACAGAAGUGGGCUCAGGAGCUGCCAGAAAGCAAUAUUCUGAAAAUAUACAUACAUGUCGCUUGGAUUAUCCCAUGAAAGUGCAACUGUCUGCUGUCUUUCCAAGUAGCUCUAUAAAAACACAGAUUUUUUGGGUUUCAGAUGGUGGACAUUCUGUACAUGUAAUGUCAGCAUUGGAUAUUGAAUCCACUAAUGGGGACGAUGAAGGUGUUAUCGUCGAACGAGAGCUAGCGACUAUCAAGCUCUCAGCUAUUGAAGCAAUCUUUACAAGUGAAAGAGUCCAGGACAUUGUACCUCUCUCCAAGGAUACAGUCCUCAUCCUUGGUCAAGGCAACAUGUUUCUGUAUGGAACUUCUUGAAUUUGGUUGUUUGUCAUGUGCUGGAGGAGACAUCACUGUUCUUUAGAGCAUGAUUCAAGAAUUUGCAGCUUUGGAUGGGGUUUUGGCUAAAAACAGGUUUUGGUGAUUUUGAAGAUGAACUUAUCCUCCUGUCUCUGAAGUCAUGAGCUAUUUAUCAGUCAAAGUAAGGAGGUGAAAAGGUCAUGACUUCUACAGCUCUGCCAGCAAGAGUCGAGAGGUUAUGCCAGAUUAUGCAGAGACCAUGCUGUAAUGGCCCUACUGCUCUACUUGCACAUUUACAUCACUAGGGCAGUUCUUGUUGACAUGACUUGGAGAAGCCAAUGCUGCAAAAUCUAUCCCAGGCUCAGCUGCCGUGGAAUGUGGAUCACCACGAAGACGUUCAGUUAUGGAACUGGAAUCUGUUCGUGCUGCACAAUGCUGUUGGUGUAGUUCAGAGACUGGACUGAAGUGUCGGGAGUUGAGGAUUGGGAUUUGGGAACGUGCUCCGAGGACCUCAGAAAAUGAAUAAUGCAGUCGUAUAAGGUACAGGCUCUUGCUAGAUCAAAUGCUCCACUAUUGCGCUGUACUUUCUCGAUGUGGCAUGUGAGGUUGCUACCAUGUACCUCCUGAAACUGAAAUGCAGUUGUGUCUUUGCGUUGUUUUUUGUUGAUGCCUUUGUGUUGUGAUAUUCCAGCAUUUUGAACUUGAAAAAACAAGCAGGAAACGUCAUAGUUUUGCAAUCCAAA